GCCAUCCAUAGUUGGAAGAAGGCUUUUUGAUUUACAAAUUAAGUUUUUUCUGUGAUUAAAAAUAACAUCUGAUCUUUAGUUGUCAAUUUCUGUAACAUUUAAAUUAAUCAUGACAGAACAACAGAUGGAUUGUGCGUUAGACUUAAUGCGCCGGCUGCCACCCCAGCAAAUUGAGAAAAAUCUAACUGAUUUAAUUGACCUAGUCCCAAGUCUUUGCGAAGAUUUGUUGUCGUCAGUAGACCAACCGUUGAAAAUAGCUCAAGAUCGAAGCAACGGGAAAGAUUAUCUUCUCUGCGAUUACAACCGCGAUGGAGACUCGUACCGUUCACCAUGGUCUAACACAUAUGACCCACCACUUGAAGAUGGUUCAAUGCCUUCAGAACGGUUGAGGAAACUGGAAAUUGAUGCCAAUCAUGCAUUUGAUCAAUACCGUGAGAUGUAUUUUGAAGGAGGAGUAAGCUCUGUUUAUUUAUGGGACAUGGAUCAUGGUUUUGCAGGUGUGAUACUUAUAAAGAAAGCUGGUGAUGGUUCCCAAAAGAUAAAAGGUUGCUGGGACUCAAUCCAUGUUGUGGAAGUUGUGGAGAAGAGUUCAGGCAGGAAUGCCCACUACAAGCUGACCUCAACCGCUAUGUUGUGGCUUCAGACGAAUAAGGAAGGCAGUGGCACUAUGAAUUUAGGAGGAAGCUUAACUAGACAGGCUGAACAAGACUCUGCAGUGAGUGAUGUCACCCCGCACAUUGCCAACAUCGGCCGCAUGGUUGAAGACAUGGAAAAUAAGAUCCGGAAUACACUCAAUGAUAUUUAUUUUGGUAAGACGAAAGACAUAGUGAAUGGUCUGAGGUCGGUGGUGCCAGCGGACGUGGCGCGCAAGACAGCUGCUCUGCAGCACGACCUCGCCCUCGCGCUGCAGCGGCGCAACGUGGUGCGCGCCGACUGAACUCACAUUGCACAUAGAUGAGAUGGAGAUAUUAGAUGAGUAUUAGCAACGAUAAAAAUAUUUGAGACGCCAAAGUAUCCACGGUACAGAAUGUGAGAAAAUAUUAAAAAAUUAUUAAAGAUAAGAAAAGACAUUUUUUUUGUGUUUUUAAUGCAUCAUAAGCGAUGUUUUUAAUUAAUGUUCUGUAUUAUUCGAAAUUAUUUUUUUUUAUUUUGUGAUGUAAGCAUGAUUGUGUAUCUGUACUUCAUUUUAUUAUCUAUAAUAAAUAACAGUUUUAUUUAUCUUUGAUAUUUUCCAUCUCAUUUUUGCAAUUGCAUUUUAUCGCUUAGUAUUUUUUUCUAUUGUAAAUUAAAGAAUACUGUAUUUGUAAUUAAGGUAUACCUAAUAAGAGAUUCAGUAUAACGAUGAUCGCUGAAACUUAUUAUAAUAACUGUUUUAAUUUGCCAGUUUUAAUUGUAACGAAGUGUUUACUGCUAACAAUAGAAUGGAUUGUAUUUAACUCCGUUUAUACUAGCAUUAAAUUGGCCUCUCUAAAUAAAAGAUUUAUUUAUC